UCGGGUCGUGGUCCGGGAGAGGAUUUUUUGGGGUAUAUUUUAGGCUGUUUCUCCCGUGGCCUUAAGUAUUACCUUAAUUUUUAUUCAUCAUGGCGAACCACAAUGAUAAACGGAGACAGUUGGAUGAUGAAAUGAGUAGGUUUGAGGCAGAGAUAUCAGGACCUCCUGGUAUUGGUGCCGUGCCUCCUCUGCAGCCUCCUCCAGCACCUCCCAGAGGGGUAAUAGGGGCAAAGACAUUCACACAGGUCCAGCAGCGUCUCCAGCAACAGCACCCUGAGCCUCCAGGGACAGGUGGUCCUCCUGGAAUGGGUGGCCCACCUGGCCCUCCUCAUGGCCCUCCUACUCUUCCCCCAGUCCCAGGGGGGCCAAAUAGCAACAAUGCUGUUCCACCUUUACCCCCACCUCCCCCGCCACCAGGGUACAUUGGUCCACAGAUGCCGGGCGGGAACAGCGGCAUGCCUCAGCAGCAGCAGUCACGGCCGCCUCCUCCUCCUCCUGGCUUCAUUCCCCCUCAACUCAACCGACAACAUGUGCAUAAUAAUAUGAUGAAUGAUGGGCAUCAGAUGGGUCACAUGAUGGGUGGUGGCCCUCCUGGCUAUAUGAGGCCUCCAGGGCCACCUGGCCACCCUGGGCAUCCAGGUCCACCAGGGCCACACAGCUAUGGCCCACCAGGAGGUCCACCUGGCCCUCCAGGUCAUGGUCCUCCUAAUCCGGGUCCACCUCGACCUCCAGGACCAGCUGGUCAUGUACCCUCUGGACCCCCAGGCAUGGGGCCCAUGAUUCCCCCUGGCCCCCCUGUUUCUCAUGGCUCACACCUGCCGCCAGGCUCCACUGGGCCCUCUCCCCAGACGUUUGGGCCUCCAGGCUCCCAGGGCCCUCCUCAAGGCCCUCCACAUGGGCCACCUGGCCCACCCCUUCGAGGGCCUCACCCCCCACCGCCUCCUCCACCAGGCAUGUUACAGUCACAGCAGCUGCACGGGGCGCCAGUGGCUGCUGCUCCCUUCGUCCCAGCUGUUAUCUCCAAACCUCCAACUGUUAUCAGUUCGGCUCCCAAGCUGUACACAUCCCAACCCUCCAAAAAUGAGGCCAAGCAAGUCGACGUACCGGCUGCUGGCCCCACCCCGCAGAUGGUCAGCGUCAUGCCAGAUGGACCUCCUGAACCCAAGAGGAAGAAACUGAACCCAGAUAUGAACAUGAUGUCUGCAGCGCAAGCCAAUCAGCAGCUAACCCAUGCCCAGGAGAUGGCUGAAAAGGUUCGAGCAAGUACUGUAACCACCACCGUUUCAAAGCCUGAGAAUCCUAACCACAGUGUUGGAGGAGGUGGAGGUGGUGGAGGAGGAGGAGGAGGUGGAGGAGGUGGUGGUGGAGGUGGAGGUGGUGGAGGAGGAGGAGGUGGAGGCAGUGGUGGAGGCGGCAAUGAAGAGAAGAAGAAGGAAGGGAAAGGGAAACCUAAAAAGAUGCUGAGAUGUGCCGGAGGACAGAUCUGGGAGGAUCAGUCUCUUACAGAUUGGGAUCCAGAUGAUUUCCGGAUAUUCUGUGGUGAUCUUGGUAAUGAUGUUACCGAUGAGCUGCUCACACGCUACUUCAGCCAUUUUGCUUCCUUUGUUAAGGCAAAAGUUGUGAGAGACAAGCGCACCAAUAAAAGCAAAGGUUAUGGCUUCAUCAGCUUUAGUGAUCCCCAGGACUACAUUAGAGCAAUGAAAGAAAUGAAUGGUAAGUACAAAGUUUCAUUCUUUUGGAUGUAG